AUGUCUACCCCUCACGGCUUCAAGAGCUCUCUCGAGAUCACUCAUAUCACCACUGCAACUGCCAUAAUUGACAUCGACGGUGUAAAGUUCAUCACCGACCCCGUCUUCGCACCCGCCGGCACCGAAUAUCCUUACCCUACCACCACCCUCCGCCUCUCCGAUGACCCAGCAAUCCCUCUUAAUACUCUUCCCGCUAUCGAUGCUGUUCUUUUGAGUCACGAAGACCAUGAAGACAAUCUUGACGAGUUCGGUCGCCGUCUGCUUGAUGGACGCAAAGUCAUUACCACCCCCGACGGCGCGAAGAACUUAUCGCCUCGUCCUGACGUCCGCGCUGUCCAACCUUGGGAAACACUUGAUCUCAUUGCUGGCGGUAAGAAGUUCAAAAUCAUCGGUGUUCCUGCUAUCCAUCUACCCGGUGGCGAAUGCACUGGGUUCAUCAUCUCCACUGAGUCUUUCGGUCACGCUGCCAAUGGUCUACCAAACGCCAUCUACUUCUCCGGUGACACGAUCUACCAUUCUGAUCUCCUGAAGAUGAACGAAAAAUGGCACAUUGUUGCUGCCGUCCUCAAUCUCGGCAACGCACACGUUCCAACUGAUCCUUCGAAGCCAGAGGACAAGUUGCAAAUCACCAUGGGAGGCGAAGAUGGUGCAAGAUUGGUCAAGGAACUGGAUGCUGAUGUGUUGAUCCCUAUGCACUAUCAAUCCUGGGGUCACUUCACUGAAGGCGAGGAAGAUUUGAUCAAAAUAUUCAAGCAGGAGGGUGUAGAGGAGAAGAUCAGAUGGCUGACUCCCAGUGGAAAGAGCGUCAAAAUCUUCUAA